AUGUGCGGAAGAUUUGCCCAAGGCAUUUCCAUUGCUCAAUUGCCUGAGCAGUUCAACAAGACGCUUAACCCUGGUUCCGAGAACCAAUUGGCCAAGAAUUCCGAAAGGGAGUUCAAUACUAGGGCCCCUGGUCCAGACGGCCUGGAGCAGGAUGUGGCCAUCAACAUAGUGUCGCUUGACUUUGAUGGUUCCUUCAACAUUCCUCCUACUUCCAAGGCGAUGAUUGUCUACAUGAACAAGGAGAACAAUUACGUUUUUGAGCUGCUGAGCUUUGGCUACGUGGCGACUUUUGAGAAGCCCAAGGACCCUGCUGCCGUGAAGAGAGGCAACAAAAACGGACCAGCCUACUCCAAGGAGAUCCAGCACGAACAGCUGAGACGCUUCAAUUGCCGCAAGGAGACAAUGGCUAGCAACAAGCUGCUUUGGACGGAGCCACGCAAGAAUCUGCGUUGUGUGAUUCCAAUCCAGGGCUACUUUGAGUGGCAGAGAACCAAGGAGAAGCCUGCUUUCUAUGUGACUCUGAAGAACCGUCCUCUUGUGUUUCUUGCCGGAGUGUACGCCCACAACUACAACUACAACGAUACUGAGAUGGUGAAGGACGGCGACGAGUACCUUUCUUCGUUUUCCAUUGUCACCGGCCCAGCCACAGGUAAAGGCUCCAACGAUCUUCUGUGGCUCCACGACAGAAAGCCCAUUUUGCUUGAGCCCAACACCAAGGAGUGGUUCGACUGGCUCACGCCCAACCACGAGUGGAACCCCGAGCUUUUGAACACGGCGUUGAACCACGAGGACAAUAAGGCUUACGAUGUGCUCACCAGCUAUGAGGUGGACAAGGCCAUUGGAAACCCUUCAGUCGAUGGCCCUGAUAACUUGAAGCCAGUGAAGAAGCAGCAGAAGGACAUCGGGCUGUUCUUUGGCGCCAAGCCCAAGAAGGAGGCUCCCAAGGAGGAGCCUGAGGUGGAAGAGUCCAAUGUCAAAGAGGAGUCCAACGUCAAGGAGGAACCUGAUGUGAAAGAAGAGCAAGAUGCGGAAGGCAAGGACAAGGACGCCGAGGAGAAGGACGAUCCCAAGGAGGAGCCCGACGAAGAUGUUCUUGAGGAGAUUGACGACGGUUUGCCUGAAGACGGCGUUGAGAACGAGGACGAAGUCGAGGACGACGGAGAGUAUGAGGAAAACGCCGACGCCGGCGAGGACGGUGAAGACGAUGAAGACGACGGUGGAGAUGGCGAUGACGGCGAGGACGACGACGAGGUUCCUGAUGUGAAGGAAGAAGUCGAAGAGCUCGAGGAAGACGAGGAGGAGGACGAAGACGAGGAGAAGGUCGGCAACGUCGAGAUCGAAGACGAUGAGGACCUCGGCGAGAAGGAAGUUGGCGACGACGAUCUUGCCGAUGAAGACGUCAAGGCCGAAGCUCAGGAGCUCGGUAAGGAGGAAGAGGUCAAGGAAGACGAGCCCAAGGCCAAGGGCAAGGAGGCUCCAAAGGACAAGAAGGCCAAGGGCAAGGAGUCUGGCAAGGACAAGGAGCCUCUGGCAGGUUCCAAGCGUAAGAGCAGUGCCCAAGGCAAUGACUCUAAGCGUAAGAAGUAA